AUGGGCUUAAUUGAGAAGGCGAAAGAUGCAUUGCAUCUCAACAAAGACAAGACGGCUGGCGAGGCACCCCUGAGCCCGACGACUUCAUCUACACCCGCGUUCGACUCGAAGAAAGUAAUGGUUAUCUAUGUCCUCGGAGGACCAGGAGCUGGAAAGGGCACACAGUGUGCUCAUAUAGUUGAGGAUUUCGGGUUUGUUCAUCUAUCAGCCGGUGACUUGCUACGUGAAGAACAAAAGCGCGAGGGAUCUACAUAUGGAGCGCUUAUCAGCGAGCACAUUCGCAAUGGAACCAUUGUCCCCAUGGAGGUCACUGUCAAGCUGCUCGAAAAUGCCAUCCGUGCUAAUCUUGAGCAGCCACAUCCCGGCUCGGCCUGGCAAAACGGACACGGUCGGUUCUUGGUCGACGGAUUCCCCCGCAAGAUGGACCAGGCGAUCAAGUUUGAUGAAACUGUCUGCAUGUCUAGUUUUGUCUUGUUCUUCGAUACGACUGAGGAGGUUAUGCUUUCCCGUUUGCUUGAGCGGGGGAAGACUAGCGGACGCGAAGACGAUAAUGUAGAGAGCAUCAAGAAGCGUUUCCGUACGUUCGUUGAGACAAGUAUGCCUGUGGUCGACAAAUAUCGUGCCGAAGGGAAAGUCAUAUCGAUUGAUUCGACACGCCCAAUCGAAGUCGUACAUGCAGAUGUGCAGAAAGUCCUACGUGAGGAACUCACAAAGCGCGGUCUCCCGGAAAAGUAA